AGGAGAUGUAGGUGUAGUGGAGUAGGUGAAAUGGAGUAGGUGGAGUAGGUGUAGUAGGUGUAGUGGAGGUGGUAGUAGGUGGUAGGUUUUAACACUCGUGGUGCUUGUGGUGCUUCUGCUGCCAAUACUACUCCUUGGAGUUGGAACAAUAACAAGAGAAAAAGAAAGAUGAGGAAGAAGAAGAUCAUGGCCAUUUGCAUACUAAUUUCCUUGUGGAGUUUCAAAUUCAAUGCCUCCUCAUCCUCAUCCUCAUUUGUCACUUUCUUCAAGUCAACAUCCUCUUUGCAGAGCCGGCCCUGGCCAAAGGCAAGCAAGGCAGCCGCCUUGGCCCCCAAAUUUCGAUAAAUUUUAAGGACUCCUGAAUAACUCUUAUGGUGUUAGUAGGUUUAAAAAUAUGUCCAAAACAACUCAUUUAACUUCACAAUCUAAAUUUAACGUUUUUAGAGCAUGUUUAACUCUUUAUUUUUUUCCCAAUUUAAUUUGAUUAUAGAUUUGAGUACAAACUUGAUUUAAAUAAAUGAUUUUUUUAUUACUUAUACAUGAAGGGCUCCAAUUUUAAGACUCCGCCUUCCAUCUCAAAAAUCCUAUCGCCAGCCUUGUCUCUAUCUUAAUGUCAAAUUCCUCAUCCUGUCUCUAUCUUCAAGCAGUGUGUGACAAAAUCAAAACAAAACAGCCAUAGUUUGAAGUUUAACCCACUUCGUUGCAUUUACUAGGCUGGUAUCAUUUUCUAUGUGACUAUUUUAAUUUCGAGCAACGAAAUAGUUGGCCAAAUCACAUUCCAGUGAUAACAUAAUAGAGGUGAUGUGAGUAUAUGGUUUGAUUUGGUUCGGUUCAAUUUAGGAACAAAUCAAGAACCAAACCACUACUUACGAUUCAACUCUCUGAAAUUUAGAAUCAAACCAAAUUAUAAAAAUUUUAAAACCAAAUCAAACCGAAUCAAUAAAACGUGGUUCGAUUUGGAUUAAAGCCACGAUUCUCACAAAAUAUUGAUUACAACUUGCUCAAAUGUCAAACAAUAUGCCGUUAGUUUUCAAACAAAAAUUAUUUAAAUAAUGAAGAGUGAUAGAAACCCCCUCCAAUCACCAACCCCACCACCCCACACACAUGUGGUAGGUGGUGAUUGGAGGACAUGGGAAACAAAAAAAAAAAAAAAAAAUCCAAUCAAUGAGAGAGAGAGAGGGAGUCAAAGGGGGUGGGAAAAAAAGGGAGUCUUAGACAUUUUUAUUAAAUAAUUAUGUAGAAGUAAUUUUACCACUAAUUACAAGCCUAAGUCUACUUUUCUUAAAUUUGGAUACUUUUUUAGGUAACAUAAGUUGCAGAAAGUUAUUAAUAACUUGUGUAUAUGUGGUGGGGAUAUUAAUCAAGUAGUUGGGGGUAUUAUUAACAAAAUAUAUAUAUUUAAACGGUUUGAUUAGGACCCAUUGAGAAAACUAAACUAAUCCUUACAAUCCAGUUUACAAUUUUUUUUAUUUUUUUAUUUUUUUGAUAUUUUUCCUUAGCCCUUUAAUAUAAUAUUAUAACACAAGCCUUGAAAUUACUAGCCACAACAAGGGGAUUUGGGCAACUGCAAACAGACUCACUCUGAUAUGAUUUCCCUUCCCUUCUCUUCCCUUCCAUCAUCCAUCCAUGUCUAGGCUUCUUUUCUUCAUUCUUCUGUUUGUCCUGUUUUUAGUGAACUGUGAUGCUUUAAGAACAAGUGAUAGGAACUGUGAUUCUUCUUCUUGUGGGAACAUUCAAAACAUCAGAUACCCAUUUCGAUAUGAAGGUGACCCGGAAAAUUGCGGAAACAAGAGAUAUGAACUGGCCUGCCACAACAAUCAUCCACUGCUUGACUUACCAUCUGCGGGUGAUCCUAAAUACUACUAUGUGCAGGCAAUCAACUACAACAACUACACAAUCCGAGUCGUGGAUAUGGGCAUUCAAAAUGGAAGUUACUCCUCCCUCCCUCUUUAUUCUUUAUCCUAUGAAAACUUUACUGGUCCUGCUUUUUCUUAUGAUGAUUAUAAUUCAUAUGGUUCAUAUAAUCCAGAUGAGUUCCAAUGGGAGUUUCCCUGUCUUGAAGCUGUAGCAGUGCUGGUGGAAUGUGAAAAUCCAGUGAAUUCUCCACUAUACAUGAACACUAAAUAGAUGAGAUAGUUGCAGCUACCUUGUGGUCGCCUUUACCUCCAACAACAGAAGCAGCAGCAGCAGCAGCAGCAGCAAAUUAUAACUUUUCCAGUAGCUUCAUGGAAUUCCACGCACAGUUAGCCUCUGGAUUUG